GCCAGCCUGCCUGAUCUUAUUGUAUUUAUUUAGUUAUCAUCAUAAUUAUUAAGAACCCAGACUUCGUUUAUCAGAUUCUAAUCAAGCAACUGAUAGGUUUGAUUACAGGGGAGAGCUAUAAAUUAGAUUCCGGAGAAGAAAACUCGGCGGCGAGACAAUUUCUCAACUCUUUUACAUUGAAUCUAAGAUAUCAAUGGAAAAACAGGCCUACGAAGAGAUUCAUGACUGCCUGAUCAAGCCGAGAAUCAAUCCUCAAAGAAGAAAAGACAAAGUUUAUAUUGGCUGUGGAGCUGGGUUCGGUGGUGACCGGCCAAUGGCAGCUAAAAAAUUGCUUAACAGAGUCAAAGAGCUGAAUUAUAUUGUUCUUGAAUGUUUAGCAGAACGUACUCUUGCUGAACGAUACCAGGCUAUGGCGUCCGGCGGUGAUGGCUAUGAUUCUAAUAUUUCAGAAUGGAUGUCUCUGCUACUACCUUUGGCUGUGGAUAGGGGAACUUGUAUAAUUACCAACAUGGGUGCAAUGGAUCCGGUCAGUGCUCGAGAAAAGGUUUUAGAAGUUGCCAGCAGCCUUGGGAUUCGUUUGUCUGUUGCUGUGGCUCAUGAGGUCUUUGUUAAUGAAUCGGGUUCAGGAUCCUUGCCUGAGAAGCUGGUUAACAUGGAAGGUGGUGUUAGCACAUAUCUGGGAGCAGCCCCAAUAGUUGCAUGUCUAGAGAGAUACCGACCAAAUGUUUUAAUUACUUCAAGGGUUGCUGAUGCCGCACUAUUCUUAGCACCAAUGGUUUACGAACUGGGCUGGAAUUGGGAUGACUUGGAGCUAUUAGCACAGGGAUCUCUGGCUGGACACCUUCUAGAGUGUGGUUGUCAACUCACAGGGGGAUACUUCAUGCAUCCAGUUUCAUUGUGCUGCAUUUUCUCCAAUUUAGCGGACAAGAACCGAAACUUGUCUUUCCCAAGUCUCCUGGAUCUAUCACUGCCGUAUGCUGAAAUUUCAUCAAGUGGGGAAAUAUGUGUCAUGAAAGCAGAAGGUAGUGGUGGGAUUUUAAAUUUCGGUACUUGUGCUGAACAACUACUUUAUGAGGUUGGAGAUCCAAGUGCUUACAUUACACCUGAUGUUGUAGUUGAUUUUCAGGGUGUUACAUUUCAGCCAUUAUCUAGAUCUAAAGUUCUCUGUAUUGGUGCAAAGCCAUCUGCUCAUCCUGUUCCUGAUAAACUUUUGCAGUUGAUUCCGAAGCACCGUGGAUGGAAAGGAUGGGGUGAGAUAUCAUAUGGAGGAUAUGAAUGUGUCAAACGUGCAAAAGCUGCUGAACUUCUUGUUAGGUCAUGGAUGGAAGAGGCAUUUCCUGGUGUCAGUUCCUGUAUUCUUUCUUAUAUAAUUGGACUGGAUAGCUUGAAAGCUACCUGCAUUGAUCACCAUCUAUCGACAUGGAGAGCCAGUGAAGACAUUCGGCUACGCAUGGAUGGACUGUUCCAGGAGAAGAAACACGCACAGCAACUUGCUAAAGAGUUUACUGCAUUAUAUACAAAUGGACCGGCCGGCGGUGGUGGUAUCAGCACUGGUGUCAAGAAGGAAAUUGUUCUGGAAAAACAGUUGAUCGGUCGAGAACAUGUUUUCUGGCGGAUAGGGUCAAAGCAAACAGAAGUCAGUGAACAUGUCUUUGCAGAUGUUACAAAGGCCUGCAUUUCAGCUGAACUGGCAUUGCCACCAUUUCAACAAGAAGAUAUGCAGAACUCUUGCCUAGAAUAUGGCUUGUCAUCGGAAAUCAGCCUCUCAGCAGCUCAGUCUGGUCAAAAGAUUCCACUCUAUAAUAUAGCCCACAGUAGGGCUGGAGAUAAAGGAAACGACUUGAACUUCUCCGUCAUCCCACACUGUCCGCAGAACUUUGAGAUGCUGAAGCUUAUCAUAACACCCCAGUGGGUUAAGAGUGUGGUCUCAGUCCUUCUGGAUGCAUCUCCAAAGGCCAUUGAUGAGACAAAACAAUUGGUGAAUGAAGAUAAUGUAAAGGUGGAAAUAUAUGAAGUCCAUGGAAUUCAGUCUUUAAACGUGGUGGUUCGUAACAUUCUCGAUGGUGGUGUCAAUUGCUCUCGAAGGAUCGAUCGCCAUGGAAAGUGCAUCUCGGAUCUUAUCUUGUGUCAACAUGUGUUACCUAAGUUUUAAUUACAAUUCAACUUUAAAAUUUUUUAAUAAUCGAAAAUUUGUCUGAUAUAAUAUAAUAUUACACUACAUGUUCAUAUGUCAGCUUAUGGGGAUUGGGUAUUAUUUCCUUCUUA